AUGGAAAAAAAUUCUAUAAAAUCAAAUAAAUUAAAUAAAUUAAAUAAUUUAGAGAAUUUGAAUAAAUUAAGAAUAAAUUUAAAGAUAUUGAAUAAUUUUUAUGAAUUAAUUUAUAAAAAUAUAUUGAAAAGUAUAAAUGAAUUAAUAUUAUCAAUAGAAACAAUAUUAAUAUGUAAAAAUGAAGAAAAUGGACAAAUAUUACAAUUAAUUUAUGAAACUCUUGAUAUAUCAUUUCUUUAUAUGAAUUGUUCACAAAAAUCUUUAGAAAUUUCUUUAUCAAUUUUACAACGUUUAUUAUUAUAUUUAUCAUAUAAUUCCAAUACGGUGACUGGUCCACCAAACAGUACUAACAACAGUACUGAGGUUACUGGUAAUAAGGAUACUCCUAACAGUACUAAUACUAAUAACUUAACUACUAGUACCACUGGACCAAGCACCGUAACUCCUGGAAAGGGAGCUAAUUUUAUGGGUACGGAGUGUACCCCUGGAAAGGGAGCUAAUUUUAUGGGUACAGAGUGUAAUAGGGAAAGGGAGCUAAAUGACACUUUUGAUACCACUGGAAAGGGAGCUAAUUUUACAGCUAUGGAGUGUACCCCCGGAAAGGGAGCUAAUUUUAUGCCUAUGAAGUGUACUAGUAGUAAGGAUACUAAGGGAAUUAGUGAGGUAGAUCCUUUCGGGGCUGGUUGCCGUGGUACUGACACCGUUAUGGAGAAAUUAAUAAAUAAAAUAAUUGAAAAACAAAUAGAAUCAAGAUUAUUUAUAGAAUUAACUAAUGAAAAAUUAAAAUUAAUAACAAAUAAAAAAAAUAAAAAUUAUCAAAUAAAUGGAAAUUAUCAAAUAUUAGAAUAUAAAUUUAAAUAUCAUAUAAAUAAUUUAAUAAAUUAUUUAAAUAAAUUAAUUAAAGAAUCAAAUUUACUAAUUACAAAUCAAUUAAUUUUAUUACAAAUCACACAAUCAAAUUUAAACUUAAAUAAAUUAUACAAUAAAUUAAAUAAAUUAUAA